AUGCAUUCUGAACGUACAACUGAUCUAUCAAUUCUUUAUUCAAAUUUAAAAUCUCAUCCAACAAAUCAAGAAUAUGUUGUAUUAAUCAAGACAGGUUCUAUGAAUCCUAUUCAUCGUUGUCAUAUAUCAAAUAUGAUACGAACGAAACAAUACUUAGAGCGGGUACAUAAUUUUAAUGUUAUUGGUGGAUAUAUAUCACCGACUCAUGAUGAAUAUGUACACGGUAAAUUAAGACAUGAACUUAUUAAUGGUCAACAUCGCAUUGAAAUGUGUCGAAAAGCUAUUGAAGAAGCUGGUCAACAACAUUGGUUGAGUGUUGACAUGGCUGAAUGUAUGGCUCCUCAAUUCAUUGAUCUCGCAAGUGUAACAUAUAGCCUUCAAAUGUUCAUCAAUGAAGCAUUAAAUUUGCCGAAACCUGUUCGAGUUAUUUAUGUUGCUGGUCUUGAUUUAUUUAAUCGUUGUCGUGGUAUGACAUCAUUGAGAAGAUCUCCAUUGGGUGGUGUUGCUGUAGUUUAUCGUCCAGGUCAAGAUGAUCGUUUUAUAACAUCAACACAUGUACAAGAUGGUUCCAAUGUAUUUUACGUAUGUGCUAAUGAUGAUGAUAUGGAUACAUCAGGUUCAGAGUCGGACGAUAUCAGUUCAACAUUAAUUCGAGAACGAUAUAAAAACAAUCAAAAUUGUGAACAUUUAACUUUUAAAUCAGUUUUGGAUCAUAUGAAAAUUGUAUCAUCGAAAAAAAAUUAA